UGUGAUGUUUGUGAUGUUGCUGCUGUUGAUGUUGCUGCUGAUGGGGUGGUGGUGGUGCAUAUUUGUAUCGGAGCCACGCAAGAGACAGCGGCGGCCAUCGUGCUGCUUGUCGGCCAGCAGCUCGCAGCCAGAGCAGUCCAUAUGGCAACCACGGGCAGACAUGCUGUUUUGGGCGAGCCUGCUGGGCAGCAUGCGGUUGGAGAGCGCCGGGCAUCCGGGAGGCAGGACAACCGGGCCGCUCGCGGACUGGUGCGGGCGUUGAUGGUCAUGAUGCUCCAAAGGCGGUCGUCAAGCCGGGAGACCCGAUCGAUGCUUGAAUCGCACACCGGGCCUGCGGACUCGGGAUCAUCGGCGGUCGGCCAGGAGGACAAGAUGGGCCCGCUGGUCUCGAGCGGCG